GAAGUCACCCACAGCUCCUUCUGACCAAUGGGAGCUGGACUUCCGCCCGGAGGCGCGCUACGUCACAUUGUUGUGUCGGAGCGGAGGGCGCCUCUUCUGCCUUUCACAUGUCUCCUGCCCGUGGAAACACCGUCUGAUGAGAAGCGGGGCGUCCGUCCUGUUUUGGGGGGAUUCGCGGAUCCAAAACCGACCGGCACCGUCUGCGUGAAAUAGGGAAUGAACGACGAGACAGCACCGGACAGCUGGAAGAAUAACUCCGGGUGCUCCAGUUUAGUGCAUGUCUGAAACCAGCUGGAUUGGAGAAUGGUUCAACUCCAUAGUGAGGUUUUCUGGAUUUGUGUGACCAAAUUGCAGCUGAUGGCUGUACUGACAGUAUGUGAAUGGUAUUGAGCAAAUGCUGGCUGUGAAUCCCGGAAAGACGCCGAUCAGUCUGCUGCAGGAGUAUGGAACGCGGAUAGGCAAGACCCCAGUGUAUGACCUGCUGAAGGCCGAGGGACAGGCCCACCAGCCCAACUUCACUUUCCGCGUCUCCGUUGGAGAGAUCAGCUGCACCGGCCAAGGGCCCAGCAAGAAGGCAGCCAAGCACAAAGCAGCCGAGGCUGCUCUGAAGAUGCUCAAAGGAGAUCUCGAAGGUCCCACCGGCGUUGGUGUUGGAGUAGACAGUUUUAUUGGGGUUGACGUGUCGACUGAUGGAGACAGCUGCCCGUCAGAGAUGAAGACCUCAGGCAGUUCUCAGCAGUCUGAAUGUAACCCUGUGGGGGCUCUGCAGGAGCUGGUGGUGCAGAAAGGAUGGCGUUUACCAGAGUACACGGUCACUCAGGAGUCUGGUCCUGCACAUCGAAAAGAGUUCACCAUGACCUGCAGAGUCGAGAGAUUUGUGGAAAUCGUUUCCUGUUCAUCUCCAGGAAGUGGAACCUCAAAAAAACUAGCCAAGAGAAACGCAGCAGCUAAGAUGUUGUCGCGUAUACACGAUGUUCCGGUCGACCUGAGGACCAGCAACGAGGCAGACGCGGAAGAAGAUACGUUCACUGUGCACAUUGGGAACAGAGUUGAGUCGGGUAAAAGUAAAAGCUUCAGCUGCACAUGGGACUCUCUGCGUAACUCUGCUGGAGAGAAGAUCCUCCAGCUCCGCAGCCACCCUCUGGGAAUGCCCUCCGACUCCAACUUCUGCUCCUUACUGAGUGACCUGUCUGUGGAACAGCGCUUUGACGUCAGUUACUUGGAUCUGGAGGAGCCCAGUCUGAGCGGCUUGUGCCAGUGUCUCGUGGAGCUGUCCACGCAACCAAUCACAGUGUGCCACGGCUUCGCCCCGAGCACAGAUGCCGCUCGUGCCAACGCAGCCCACAAUGCACUGCAGUACCUCAAAAUCAUGGCUGGAGGGAAGUGAUGUCAAGUCACCUUCCUCCUCACAGACUUGAACUCGCAAAACUGCACAUUUCCAGGAUGAAUUUCCACUUUGGACGACGGAGGAAACUUUUGUGAUGAGUUCAAAAACCGAGAAUUACCUCAGAUUUGGAAAAAGUAAACUUUUUCUGUCCCCAAGUUUAAACCCUGGAGCCCGAUUUGGCCACUUUGAUUUCUAAUUGUCGCAAGCGAACAUUAAGUUGCCCAAAAAUUCACGAACACUCCUCUUCUUGCAAAUUAUUUUAAAAUUCCUUUUCAGUCACUUACAUUUUUGCUUGUCUUCCACACAAAGCAGUGUUUCCCUCGAAUCUCACUACAAAAAGUCUUUAUCUGGAAUUUUAAAUGGUGCUUUUGCCAAAAAACUGGAGACGAAUCCUGGUGCAACAGAAACAGAAAUUGGACAAUGGAAUCGCCGAUCUCAUGGAUGGACUUAAUAUUUUGACAGCCAUGCCACUGAAACAUGGAGAAAGAGACUCUGCUGAAUAAAUAUCAGAGGAUAAUUAUUUUAAAGACUGGCCCCUUUACACUUGAGCGUGUUGGAUCUUGCAAAAUGUUUUUUUUUUUGUCUUUGUUAAUUUGAUUCCCUGAAACUCAAACAGUUUGUCGCUGUGAUGUUCUGAAUAUUUGGCGUGAAGGAUCUGAGUUUGUGACGUACUUCUCCUGUCAUUUUUAAAUCUCAGUAUCCGACACAUAUUUUGAACUCGUUGGGUUUAUUUGAAAUUAACCCUCUCUAAUUAUGUUACACUCAAGUAUUUACUGUCGUAGAAUUAAGAGGAAGGAGCAGUGAGCUUGAGUGAUAACAUUUAUUAUUGAUUUCCCACGUGUAGAAUUCCUUUGAAGAUGUACACCAAUGGCUAUCAGAGCAUUUUAGGAAAUCUCUCUGUGAUCAUGACAACACUACAAAAGAAAACAGUGGGCAUAAUUUAAAAUCUACUUAUUGGUUCAGUCACUCACAGAUUCGUACAUUUUGGAGUAAAACAAGAUGACACAAGAUGUGAUUAUGACAAAAAUGUCCCAGUUUCUCUAUUAACCUGAAUUUUUGCAUUCAAACCAAUUUAAAUCAAUUUCUGUGUAAAUCAAAGAGCUUAAACAACUGUGAGUUGUGUGAUAAGGAAUUGUUCUCAUAAUCAAUAGAAACCUAACAUUGGAUUUUUAGAAUCGUAGAUCAGACAAUUAUUAUUAUCUCAUUCCAAAGA